CGAGCCGAGCAGCGCGGCGCUCGCUAUUUCUCGACGUGCACAGCCCCAUUCCGGAACCCGCAGCGUCAUUCCCAGCAGCAGUAUCCGUAGUAGCAUGACCAAGCACCUGCUCAUCCUGUCGACGGGCCAGCACGUGGGCAAGACGACGCUCAGUCUGGGGCUCGUCAAGACGCUGCAGGCCAAGUUCCAGGGCUCUGGCAAGCAGGUGGCCUACUGCAAGCCCGUGGGCCAGCAACACGUCGCCGUGGGAGGCGGGCUGCGUGUGGACAAGGACGCGUUCCUGUUCAAGGAGCACUUUGGCCUGGUGCAGGACUACAAGGACAUGUCGCCCGUCAUCUUCCCUGACGGCUUCACGCGCGACUUCGUCGACGGGAAGGUCACGUCGCAGCAGCUCAUGGACUCCAUCAAGGCCGCGCACCAGCGCCUGUACGACCAGAGCGACUUCCUCAUCUGUGAGGGCACUGGACACACGGGCGUGGGCUCCAUCUGCGAGCUCAACAACGCUCAAGUUGCAGCGGAGCUCAAGCUGGACGCUGUUUGUGUCGCGCUGGGCGGGCUCGGCUCGUCGUUCGAUCAGCUGGCGAUGAACCGAGAGAUGCUCAAGCAGAACAACGUCCGGCUACGGGGUGUGAUCCUCAACAAGGUCAACCCGACGAAGAUGGACAUGAUCAAGGACUACUACGCGCGAGCACUUAAGCGUUGGGACGUUCCACUCGUUGGUUGCAUCCCGGAUCUGAAAGACCUGUCUUGCCCGACCAUGGCGGAUUACGCUAAGUUGCUCAAGUCGGAGCUAGUGUCCGGCAAAGAUGCCAGUCUGCGCUAUUUCAGCAGCACCAGGCUAGCACUGGCCCCAGUGGACGAUAACAACCGCUUCAAGGCUAUUCCGAACCAACUCGUCAUCACGCAUAGCGGCCGCAAGGAUGUGAUCGACGCGAUCAUCGGCAACCAGGAGGCGUCCACCUCUCACGGCGAGAAUCUGAGGUCCGGCCUCAUUCUCACUGGUUGGAACCCGCCAAGCGCUGAGCUCGCGCAGCGUCUCGACGCGGACAACAUCCCGUGCAUCUACGUCUCACCCGACAAGGCAGACAGCUACACGAUCACGGCGCGUAUCGCCCAGUUCACGGCCAAGAUCCGCCGUGAGGACGUGGAUCGGAUAGAUAUGGCAGCGGACCACGUCUCCAAGCACUGCGACUUCAGCUUUCUGGAAGGUUAG